AAUCUCCUCCGUUAAGCCACAGAACCAAGAGAAGUGGUUUAGUGAGAGUUUGUGGAACAGUAGUGACCCACGAGUAAUAAACACUACUGUAUCAAGGUAGUUUAGAGUUGUGUGGAUUUGUGGAUUACCUGCCUGUCAACUGUACCGGCUCGACUUUGAUCUUCACUAACAAAGCACCACCCGUCUCUUUAGAAUAUAUUGUUGAGAGACCUCUAUGGGCAACGCAGUACAGAAGAUUCGUGCCCGUUUAGUGAUGGAGCGAGUCCACGCCCACGGCAUGCCCGCCCAGGCAGUCUUCUACCCUGAACGUAGUCGCAGCCCAGACGGUCGCAAGUCGUCCACGGGGUCGUCGAGUGAGGCGUCAUGGACCAGUGCUCAGGACGACUCUCUUGACGCAGCCCUUCAGUCGUUUGACGACCUUCACGAUCCUGAUGGCGCUCUUAGCGACCUCCUGGCUCGUACUGGUGAAGACGACUUCAUGAAGGCUGUCUUAUCUUUCUGCUCGUACAUGGACGGUAGGAUGGACACCCUCGAUAAUUCACGCAUCUACGACGAGUUCCGCUCCUACACCGCCUGCGGCCCACCCAAGGUUUCGGUGGCUUGAUCGCUCACACAGCUUCCUCUUGAGUAUCUAUUUCUAAUUGCAGCAUAUCCAUAUCUUAUUCUGCUCGCCAACACUGUGAAAUAGGCUCCUUAUGGAUGAUAAGGUAUCCCCUACACCCCAAAGGUGGCGAGCAGUGAGGAAUCACCGGAUAUAUCAAGCGGAAGUGGGAGUGCAACAGCGGUCGGUCACCCUGGAGACGCUCUCAUCAGGACACACCGCCCACUUCCCUGUCCUCACCCCUCCCCGCGCCGCCCACCCCCCACAAUGGGCCGCUUAUGUGUCGUCCCGUUGUUGUCUGGGAGGAUGUCAAUGGUGGUGCCCAACUGGCGGCCGUGAAGAGCUGAGGCUUCUCCCCUUCCGUGUGGAAAUGCCAAAGAUGGUCCAGAGUCCGACUGUAUGGCGCCCCUCAGUCGGAAGGUGCCACAGUUCCCGGAUGAGCCGUCGAGAGUCUGAGCAACUGGUUUACGUUAAGGUGAAAUAUCGUAGUCUUUGGGAUUUCUUUGUUUUACUCUUUUGAAGUUGCCAAAAUUAACUCAUAAAGUAGCCACUUGGGCCAUAGUAGAACGUCACUAACAGUAAGUCAGGUUUGACAGCCAGUUGUAACUUACCACAAGAUCUAUUAUCAGCUGUUAAGUUCAUUCCUCUUAAUUGUUGAACUCUUAUCUUCUUAUGACACUUUCCAGUCAAAGUACAGUACAGUAUGUGUAUGAUCACUAAAAUGUAAUUGUGUGACUAAGUAUCUCAAAUACAUCACGUCAUUUAAGAGAAAGACAGAUGCCUGUAGCAGGUGACUCCUUGUACACAAAGGUCCCAAGUGUAGCCUCCGGCUCAUCCAGUUGUUAUAUGGUUUGUACAUAUAUAUUAUUGUUGUAGUAUAUGUAAAUAUUUCUAUUGUCGAUAUAGAUCUCUCUAUAACAGUAAGCCUGGAAGGCUUAUGUUAUAAGAGUGUACUCUGUACUACUCGUGAGUACAUAGGAGAAUGUACACUCAAAAUGUGCCAAAUAUUCAUACUUUACACCACUCACCAGUCAGUCAACAGUUAGAGAUAAGAUAAAGCUGUUAGUCUAAAACACAGUCAAGGAAUCUGACUUUUGCAUUGUGUCAACUAACAUCCUGUUACAAUAUUAUGAAUAAAAAAUUCAAGAUUCCUCUUCUUUUAACAGUGAGUGGAGUCUGUGAUACUGUGUGUAUGUUUGGCUACCAGUACCUGUAUAUUAUGUGUGAAUGUGUGCACGAUUGUUAGUGUGUGUGUAGCACGGAUGGAUAAAAGUACGCCUUAGCGUGGCCACAAGAAGAGUGUUUGGCACGGAUUCAAGUCACUGUUAACACGGUUGUUGAAGUAUGAGUUGGCACGAGCGAGAGUAAGUUGGGUCGAUGCUGUCACAAGAGUUCCCGAGGCUGGAUAAGUUUUGUCAAAAAAACUCGUAAUCACCUAAGUUCUAAUUACUCUAUUUCCAUGCCCGAUUAUUGUGUUAUCAACUUAAAUUAUUUUGUGUUCAAGUUCUAUUAAUUAUUUCCAAGUUAUAUUAUUGCAUUUCCAUCAAGUUUUGCGCUUAAGCUAAAUUAUUGCAUUUUAAGUUAAAUUAUUGUAUUCUAUAACUACAAUGCAUUCCAAAGCUUAAACUGUUAUCUAUUUACAACCUACAGCUAAAUUAUUAUGCUUUAUGUAUAUUUAUUAUUAUUUGUCCAUAUAAACACAAAUUUUCUUUUUUAUUUUUAAUAUACAAAAACAUUCUUAAAUUACAUCAUGUAUUUAAUUCCAUAAAAAAAAUUAUUACAUUUCACGAUCAACGAAUUUAAUGCAUAAAAAAACACGAAAUUGUAAUGGAUUAAUAAGUCUGUUGUUAUGAGCCUUGUCAGCAUAUGAGUCUGAUGUGCUUCCAAAGACAUUGUGUAUAUGUAUCAUUAUCGCUAUAUUUAUAAAUGUUAUUUUCAUAUACAAAA